UACACCCCGCCUUCUGGUUCGAGAAUUACUUGGGCCAAAUGAAGUCUGUCAUAAAAACUGGGACUAAACCACUGGUGCAACUUGUGAACAGGAUUGUUGAAAAAAAGUUGCCAGACCUUCCAAUUCCUCAGGAACCACCCAUCAAGAAGUCAAACAUUUACCUCUACAAGAAUCAACUUUUAGAGAUAUUGAAAUCAAACAAUGACGAUACCUAUGUCGUCCGAGUUUACCAGGAUUUGCAAGAUGCGUUCACACAGCCCUUUCCCUCACGCCUCAUAGGCAAAUACCAGUUUAAUAGCGAAGACUACCAGGAAGACAUAGUUUCACUGUCAAAGCUUAGAAAUCAAGGCUUUAAAAUAACAGUUAAUGGUUUAAAUUAUUUCCAUCUACUUUUACAUCACAAAUAAAGCGAUUAUUUUUCUUUCAGAAAAAAUUGCUCUUGAAGUUAUUUAAACUGGAUGUUGA